AUGUCUCCCAAACCAGUCGACGAAAACUUUGUGAGGGCACUUCCAAAGAUUGAGCUGCACGCCCACCUCAGUGGCAGCAUUAGCCGCCAAUGUCUGCAUGAGCUAUGGCUACAAAAGAAGAAACAAAGCCCAGAAUUCCAACUUGAGGAUCCCCUAAUGCUUAUGCCACCUGGGAAAGUGGAUUUCACCCUAGAAACAUUCUUCUCAACAUUUUCCAAAUUGACCUACCAACUCUGCGAUGACCUAGAGACCUUGGUAUAUGCCACAAACUCUGUUCUUGAAGACUUCCUCAACGAUGGAGUUGUAUAUCUUGAGCUGCGGACUAUACCUCGAAAAUCACCCAAUAUCAGUCGAGAGCAAUAUGUCGAUACCGUGCUGGGAACCAUCGAAGCCUUCAGGAACAAAAAUUCAAGAAUGUCCAUCUUUCUGAUCCUUGCCAUCGAUAGAGGCAACAUGUCUGCGGCGGAGGCAGACCAAAUCAUCAACCUUGCCAUCGAGAAUCAGCCACGCGGGGUUGUCGGCGUGGAUAUCUGUGGAAACCCGACACGAGGUGAUGUCAGUAUCUUCAAGGACUCAUUUCAUAGAGCCAAGAUGAGUGGUUUGGGUAUCACAUUGCACUUUGGUGAAACUGCGGCGUCCGGGUCGCCAAGCGAGCUAGAAAUGCUGCUUUCAUUCCAACCCGAUCGGAUCGGACAUGUGAUACACGUGCCGGAGGAUAUCAAGAGAGAGAUUGUUAAGCGCAAGCUUGGCUUGGAGUUGUGUAUUUCGUGCAACGUUCAUGCUAAAAUGAUCAAUGGGGGAUUUCUGGAUCACCAUUUCGGGUAUUGGCGACACGAAGACUGCCCCAUUGCCCUGUGUGUAAGUCGGUCGAGUCUUGAAAAAAAAAAAAAAAACCACAGUGCUAAUUUCACCCUGAUUCUGGGGCUACAGACCGAUGAUGUGGGAUUCUUCUGCAGCCCUGUGUCGAAUGAGCACCUCUUGGCCGCGCACCAUUUCGGUUUGAGUCGGGGGGAUCUUUUGGACAUGACGCUCAGGGCUGUGGAUGCAAUAUUUGCUGGUCAACAAUACCAAGAGAAGAUCCGCCAAGAUCUGGCCACUUUUGCUGCUACAUGGGAGGUUGAGAAGUCUGUCACUUCCUAA